UAUAAAGCCCUUCUCUUGUAAAAUCCCUCAACCUUGCAUGUAGUACAGCCCAUCAAUGGCGGAGGGGGAAAACGACGGCGUUCCACUUGUGUUCGACGCGGCGGUUCUCCGGCAUGAACAGAAGAUUCCGAAGCAGUUCAUAUGGCCGGACGAGGAUAAGCCGAUUGGUGAGUGCCCGGAGCUGGAAGUCCCAUUGAUCGACUUGUCGGGGUUUGUGUCCGGGGACAAAGAUUCGGUGGGGGAGGCCAUCCGACUUGUCGGCGAGGCAUGUCAAAAACAUGGUUUUUUUCUUGUGGUGAAUCAUGGGGUUGACUCCAAGUUGAUUGCGGAAGCUCAUAAGUACAUGAACGAGUUCUUUGGAUUGCCGCUUUGUGAGAAACAAAGGGCUCAGAGGCAAGCCGGUGAGCACUGUGGGUAUGCUAGCAGCUUCACUGGUCGAUUCUCUUCCAAAUUGCCUUGGAAAGAGACUCUUUCCUUUCGAUUCUCUGCUGAUGAUUCCUUCCCUAAUCUUGUUCUUGAUUACCUUUCCGCCAAGCUCGGUGACCAAUUCGUCGACUUCAGUAGGGUAUAUCAGGAGUAUUGUGAAGCAAUGAGUGGGCUAUCGUUGGGGAUAAUGGAGCUGUUAGGGAAGAGCCUUGGAGUAAAAGGAGAUUACUUCAAGAACUUCUUCAAAGACAAUGAUUCAAUAAUGAGACUGAACUUCUAUCCGCCAUGCCAGAAGCCCCAUCUGACCUUAGGCACUGGCCCUCACUGUGACCCAACGUCUUUGACCAUUCUUCACCAAGACCAAGUCGGUGGCUUACAAGUUUUUGUAGACAACCAAUGGCGUCUCAUUGCCCCUAACUUUGAUGCUUUUGUUAUCAAUAUUGGUGACACUUUCAUGGCACUAUCAAAUGGGAGAUACAAGAGUUGCUUGCAUAGAGCGGUGGUGAACAACGAGACAACAAGGAAAUCUUUAGCAUUCUUUUUGUGUCCAAGAAAUGAUAAAGUGGUAAGGCCACCAAGGGAGCUGGUGGACACUCAGAACCCACGAAUCUAUCCAGACUUUACAUGGUCUAUGCUCCACCAUUUCACUCUCAACCAUUACAGAGCUGACAUGAAAACCCUUGAUGUUUUUUCAGCUUGGCUUCAACAAACCUAAUAAUUCCAUCAAAUUUAUAACCUCGUUCUCGUCCUCGUCCUCCUUGUCGUCGACGUCGUCGUGUUCUUUAGGCUUAGUGGCUCUUGCUGUGUUCAAAAGAGUUGUGUGGUGAGGAAACUCGAGAGAAGAGAGAUCCUUUUACCUUUUCUUUCAAUUGGAAGACAAGGGAAAAGUUGGGGGAAAAGCCAGUUGUUUUUGUUUUUUAUUUUGUUUUUGUUUUUGUUUUAUUAUUAUUAUUUUUUAAAUAUAUUUUUGGAUUUUAGUGAAUUCUUAUAGCUAAAAUCUGACCAUUUAUAUGUCUAUGGUC